AUGCUAUUUAGAAAGUUUACUUCCGUCGCUUUGGCUGCUCUGUGUGCUACCUUCACAGCUGCUGACGACUUACCAGCUAUUGAAAUUGUCGGCAACAAAUUUUUCUUCUCUAACAAUGGUUCUCAAUUUUACAUGAAAGGUGUUGCUUAUCAACAAGAUACCGCCAAUGUCACUGGUGGUUCUACUAUCCAAGAUCCUUUAGCUGACUUCGAAUCUUGUUCUAGAGAUAUCCCAUACUUACAAGCUAUUGACACUAACGUCAUCAGAGUUUACGCUGUAAACGUUUCUCUAGACCACUCCCAAUGUAUGCAAGCUUUGAACGAUGCUGGUAUUUACGUCAUUGCUGAUUUAUCUGCUCCAGCUGAUUCUAUUGACAGAAGUGACCCAUCUUGGACUGUCGACUUAUUCGCAAGAUACAAGUCUGCUGUAGAUGUUUUUGCCAACUACACCAACGUCUUAGGUUUCUUUGCUGGUAACGAAGUUACCAACGAUAACACUAAUACCGAUGCUUCUGCUUUCGUUAAGGCCGCCAUCAGAGAUACCAAAAAAUAUAUUUCCGACCAAGGUUACAGAUCCAUUCCAGUUGGUUACUCUUCUAACGAUGAUUCUAAAACCAGAGUAUCCAUUGCUGAUUACUUUGUGUGUGGUGAUGACGAUGUCAGGGCUGAUUUCUAUGGUAUUAACAUGUACGAAUGGUGUGGUCAAUCUACUUUCGAAAAAUCUGGUUACGCUGACAGAACUAAAGACUUCGCUAAUAUUACUGUUCCAGUUUUCUUCUCUGAAUAUGGUUGUAACGAAGUUUCUCCAAGACAAUUCACAGAAGUUCAGGCUUUAUACGGUCCUAAUAUGACUGAUGUCUGGUCCGGUGGUAUUGUUUACUUAUACUUCCAAGAAACUAACAACUACGGUUUAAUCUCCAUCGACAGUAACAGUGACGUUAGUACUUUGAAGGAUUACUCUUACUACUCUCAAGAAAUUCACAGCAUUAGCCCAUCAAGUGUUCAAUCUUCUACUUACACACCAAGCUCUACCAGUUUGUCUUGUCCAGCUACUGGCGUCAACUGGAAGGCUGUCACCUCAUUACCACCAACUCCAAACCAAGACUUAUGUUCUUGUAUGGAUGCUGCUGCAGCUUGUGUUGUUGAUGACAGUGUUGAUGAAGAUGACUACGAAAAAUUAUUUUCCUAUAUCUGUGGUGUUAUUGACUGUAGCGGUAUCACCGCUAAUGGUACCACCGGUGAAUAUGGUGCUUACUCUUUCUGUUCCUCUAAAGAGCAAAUUAAUUUCGUAUUGAACUAUUACUACGAAUACAACGGUUCUAAGUCAUCGAACUGCGACUUCAGUGGUUCUGCUACUUUAAGAAGUGCUACUACUCAAUCUGGUUGUUCUUCAGCUUUAUCUGCUGUCGGAACUGCAGGUGCUAACAUUUUCAGUGGAGACGUUACCUUCUCUUCCUCUGGUUCGGCUUCUGGUUCAUCUACUAGUUCUUCAUCUUCUGGCAAAUCUAGUUCAUCAGGCAAGUCAUCAUCCGGCAAGUCAUCAUCCGGCAAGUCAUCAUCCGGCAAGUCAUCAUCUAAAAGCUCCUCCAGUUCUAGUGCCAGCAGUACAUCUUCUAAAUCUGCUGCCCCAUCAUCUUCCAAGAUCAACUUCGCUCAUGUUAUCUUAUCCUCAAUCGCUACCAUUGCCGUUGCUGCUGGUUUCGGUUUAGUUAUGGCUUAA